AUUUUUGCAAAAUAUUUAAAUCUUUUUAAAAUGCCAAGCAAUACAUUUCCGGAUAAUCACCAAAAGUAUAGAAUGGUCACACCGACCGUUUGUUUACGUUUUUUAUAAUUUAUAAAUAUGCCGGAAUUCGAAAAUUUUAAUCUAAAAACUACAAUUGACUGCAAACAAGGAGCAGUUCGUGCAGUGCGCUAUAACGUUGAUGGCACCUAUUGCUUGAGCUGUGGGUCUGAUAAAAAGAUAAAACUCUGGAAUCCGGUUUCGGGUAUACUUCUCAAGACUUAUGGCGGUCACGCAGACGAAGUUACGGAUGCAGCGGGAAGCUGUGAUAGCAGCUAUAUUGUCUCCGCCAGUUUGGAUAAAAGCAUUAUAUAUUGGGACGUGUCCACCGGAGCCCCUGUUCGACGCCUGCGCAGCCACGCCGGCGGAGUUCGGUGUGUCUGCUUCAACGAGGACUCCUCCGUGGCAAUUUCCGGGGGCAGGGACAAUGCCGUGAUGUGCUGGGACAUUCGAACGCGUCGCCUGGAUCCAGUGCAGGUAAUGAAGGAGGCUCGCGAUUGCAUCACUACGGUGGCGACCAACGAGAAUCGGAUCUACGCAGCCUCUUUGGACGGCUGUGUGCGGACCUACGAUAUUCGGGUGGGCGAACUCACCUGCGACAAGGUGGGCGAACCCAUCACCUAUUUGGCACAGACGAGGGACGAGCAAUGUCUGGUGGCUGGCUGUCAGGAUAGUGUAGUGCGUCUUUUGGACUGCGAGACGGGUGGACUACUGUCCGAAUACAAGGGCCACUGCGGCGAUGACUACCACAUUGAGUGCGGAAUACUGGCGAACGAUGCUCAUAUAGUCACUGGAUCUAGUAACGGAGAUGCCUUCGUUUACGACCUGCUCGAGACAAAAGUUCUGCAGCGCAUCCGAAUCAGUGAUAAUGGCGGCGUGGUCCACUCAUUGGCCACCCAUCCCAAGCGACAGGAAAUGCUUUUCGCCAGGAGGCGGGAUAUGUACGUCUUCUCCACGGAUUUGCAAAUCGAAGAGGAGCAGUUGUAGUUCUGGUUUCAAAUAAUUCAAGUUCAGGCUAGUGAUAGAUUUAAAAACCUCCAUACAACAGAGUCUUGAUCCGGUAUUAUGGCUUAUAUAAGCUACACAGAAUGGGCGUUACACACCCUGAAAACCGAUUCAAUUCUAGAUUUAUGUUAAACAAAAGAAAAAAAACUGAAAAUAAUUUUGAUAAAACAUAAAAAUUGUCAAUUAAUUUGUCAGUAGAUAUAUCGUAA